CCCUUUUAGUUGACCAGAGAAUCUUGAAACAACCUAACCACGCGUAACGCUGGUAUAAUCACGACAUGGCAACUCCUAGUUCCGUAAUCCCGCCUGGAUACAGAUUCCUUCGCCCUGGUACCAUGAUUUCCGACAAAGCCAGAGGAUUAUUUGAUGAGCUUGUGGAGGAACUUGAAAAACGCGACCCAGACGCACAUGACAUGUACAUUUACAAUGACUUCUUUAAUUACGCUCAACUCGAUCUAAUAGAUCAGCAGCUCACACAUAUACACACAGUAAUUAUCAAGAAGGACUGGAAGGAAGCUUUCCACCUUCUUGAGGCGCUAACCAUCUGGCAAGAUGGUGACGCUAAUUCCUGGCCAAUGUGUGACGAUGGCGAGCGAACUCAUCUCACUGCGAGAGUCUUCGGCGCGGAAUGGGUGACCGUCGUCCGCGGUCUCAAGGCGCAGGGAAUACUCGACACAGAACACUUUCCGAACCUCGAGACACUUCUAGAAAUGGCGACUAACUGGGGUGACAGUAUGAAUGCUCUGGGCGACCAGUGUUCACCCUACCCCGAGGUGCUCCGUGGUAUCGGUCGUCGUCUCUUCAAAGACAAACCUGCCGAUGUCAUCGCUUUAGAGACAGCACGUGAAGAGGAGUGGAUCAAGUCCUUACACGUCGCUCAACAGGAGCGCGUACGAGAAAAUAAGAAGGAAAUGGAAGAAGAGAAUGAAGGAGCAAAGCCUUGGUACGAAGAAGGGUCGGCUGAUGAGGACUUGAAGGAUCGACACUUGACACUUUCCACGAAUUACAAGCGGUGGAAGGAUUAUCUGAAGGAUGCCCCUACCAUGCCACUUCGAGGACCUCCCACCUGGGACCUCACGGAAUGGACCGCAGAGGAGCGUGCCCAAUUCUCUUUUGACCAGUCUGAUGACUCUGAGUCUGAGAUUGACUAGUUCCCUUGUAACUCAAGUUGCUGCGCAUAUGCGCUUUAGGCUCUCUUGUAUAUCUUGCUCCAUGUUCACAUGUAAUUGUAGCAAUAGUGCAUGAUAGUUGUACAUAUCGUAUACCUCGAUUGUGCCGUUGGAAAAGCCUUUGAGAUGCUUGCU